GAGAAUCUAUGGUAUGUUUCCAGGCCACUUCGUUUGUUUUAUCUGGGCCCUGCCUUGACUCUUCCUUCUGGUUUGACCUGAGGAAACAACCUCUUGUUGGGUAAAAUAUACCUUGAUUCUGCACUGUUCUUAUGUGAAUGAGCCACACCCUUUUUUCCUUAAAGGGCCUCUGCACUCAGGCUGCCAUGUGCUGCUCUGUCUCUGGCAGGCUGAGGGGGGUGGUGGGCAUAGUGUUGUAAUCCAUCAAUUUCCAAAGUGCAGACUGGGAUGCCGGGGGGGAGAACGGGGGGCAGUGGCGCUGCUGCCACCAAGCGCUCUGAGGCCAGCGAAGUGGCAACUCAGAGAGAGGAGGAGCCCGAAGAUGAUGGUGAUGAAGAUCUGCGAGACGGUGGAGUUCCUUUCUUUGUGAACCGAGGAGGGCUACCCAUUGAUGAGCCCACCUGGGAGAGAAUGUGGAGACACGUGGCCAAGAUCCACCCUGAGGGAGAAAUGGUGGCUCAAAGGAUUCGAGGAGCCACAGACCUACCCAAGAUUCCCAUACCGAGUGUGCCUGCGCUCCAGCCGUCCACCCCCAUCCCUGAGCGCCUGGAAGCCAUACAACGCUACAUCAAGGAGCUUCAGUACAAUCAUACUGGGACGCAGUUCUUUGAAAUUAAGAAGAGCAGACCUCUGACCGGGCUGAUGGACCUGGCCAAAGAAAUGACCAAAGAGGCCCUGCCAAUCAAAUGCCUGGAAGCUGUGAUCCUGGGAAUUUACCUCACCAACAACAUGCCCACACUGGAGCGUUUCCCCAUCAGCUUCAAAACUCACUUCUCAGGGAACUACUUCCGCCACAUUGUGCUGGGGGUGAACUUUGGGGGGCGCUAUGGGGCACUGGGCAUCAGCCGGCGAGAGGAGCUCAUGUACAAGGCGCCCACCUUCCGCACACUGAGCGAGCUGAUCUUCAACUACGAGGAGGCAUACCACCGCUGCUGGCACGUCCUCAAAAAGGUGAAGCUGGGCCAUUGUGUGUCCCAUGACCCACACAGUGUGGAGCAGAUUGAGUGGAAGCACUCCAUUUUGGACGUGGAAAAGCUGGGCCGUGAGGACUUCCGCAAGGAGCUCGAGAGACAUGCCCGGGACAUGAGGCUAAAGAUCGGCAAAGGAACAGGGCCACCAUCUCCCACGAAGGAUAGGAAGAAAGAUGUGUCCUCCCCACAGCGGGUCCAGUCCAGUCCGCACCGCCGCAACAGCCGUGGGGAGAGGCGGCUGUCUGGUGAAAAGAAGCCUGCCGAAUCCAAAGCCAUGCCAGACCUCAAUGGUUAUCAAAUCCGGGUGUGAAGAGAGGCACACCUUGUGUGCCUGGCUCCAUCGGCUCCUCGCUGGCCACACUUGAAACCAGGAUCCACCUGUAGCAAGCUCAACAUGGGGAAGGGGAAGUGGGAGUGGAGGGCUGGUCUUCCAAGGUACUUCUAUCAGGCCUAUUCCUGAGCUGUAUCCUGGGGGUCAGACGAGUCACCUGCCUGUCUUGGGAAGAGCACUUUUUAAUUCAACAAAACAAGUUUUUAAGAGAACAGAUCUGCCAGUUGAUGGGAAGGUGCUGCAGGGUGCUUGGGAAGGCUCCUGCUGUGACAUGGUGAGGGGUGGAGCGAGUGAGGCCAAGCAGAGCUCAGGCUUUGCAUGGAAUCCUUUGGACUGACAGACAGGUGGGGCAUUUUAUCCACAGUGCCUCUUCCUCUUCUAUGCUGAAGGUCUCAAGCCAGCACAAAGCCCCUGGGCUUGAAGGAGGGGAAGGUAUUGGAAUGGAAAGGCCCCUGCCUCUGGUAAAGGAAGGAUUUCUGGUUUUGUAACUUCUGUGUAUUUUGCUACUGUCACUCUUGUUGAGGAGGGAGUGAAAUGCACGAUCACCUUCCCCAUCCCCUGUGCCUGCAGGGAAGAGGAAUAAGCCCUGGAAUAAUUAAUACUUGCAUCACUAAUGAAAAUGCAACCUGUCAGUGGUGUUGAGGGCCUCAUAUGCAGUGAAUCCAUCACUCUAACAUUCUGUCUGGUCUGCAGUGUAUCCCCCUAUGGCUCAUUGACUCUAUGGGGGAUGAGUGUGUGUCUCCUUUCCUGUGAGAUGCUGUGGAUACUUCCCUUCAUGGCAGGCUGUUCAGGAAAUGCCCAUACCGUUGUAAUGUGGAAACAGGCUGCUGGACAGCUCUAUCUGUGGGGAUGGGUGCUUAACCAGUAGGAUGGUUGGAAAAUGUGUCUCCCCCACUCACUUCUCAGUGACACCUUGCACUUCCCCCUUACAGAGUCUGGCUUCAUCUCACCCUGUGAGGAAGGGCUACUUUUCCUGGAUGCUCAGAGCCACAGUGGAAUUUUGGGAACCAGCCUUAAAACAGAAGGGUACAGGCUCCAGUUCAGUGCUCUGCUCAAGGGGCCAAUGUGCUGGUGAAUCCUUAAGCAAAAUAAGAUGGUGUUUUGUGGACAUGUUGCCGUGUUCACCCCCACCCCUUGUCUACAUCCACAGCUGGCCAAUGCCUGCUGAAGUGCCUCUAAAAGUGAGGCAUACUACCUCUAGGAACACACAGGGCACUGCCACAGCAAAUCCCAUGUGGCACCCCAAGGAUGCUUUCAGGAAACAUGCUAUUGGGGGUAGGGUGGGGAAAUGUUUCUCAGAUUGAAAUCAGGUGGGGCGCUGUACUGUUGCUGUAGGGUAAUAGCUCCCAACCCUUUCAUGCACUGGUCUACCACUCCAUGCUCCCUCCUUCCCUUCAUCUCUGGAGGUUUUGGCGCAACCCAUGCUCAGGCUGGGCAAGAGGGGCAGAAAUAAAUGAGAUGUGCUGCCAUAUCGAGUCCAAGACCCAGGCUCAUGCCCAAGUUAAACCUAGGGUACCAGCCCAAUCCAGAUUGAAAUGUCUGUGUGGAGUCACUGUUCCAGGGUAUCCCAUUUCUCCUAACUGUUCAGUCUGGCCCAUUUUGAUUGCAGUGGUCGGUCUGUCCUAGGAGCAGGGAGCAUAGCUGUGUGCCUAUCCUCCUCCUGUUUGUUCUGACAGUGUACUUAACAACACUAAUUAUGUUAAUGAUUACCAUUCUCCAGCAAGAGGGGCUGGCCCUUCCACCUGACUAAAGCCUUGGCAGCUCACAAAUUUCCAUUCAAAGGAGAGGCACAGCUAAGCAGUCCACAUGCUGCAUGUCAGAACUGAGGAGCAUUGGCAGAUAUGCGUGUGUGGCCUAAAACUUGGCAUACCGGGGUGCUGCAGCUCAUGGCAGAAUUGAUUCAGAGAGGGAGGUGGGAAGCAAGGGGUGAGUGGGUCAAGCCUGAGGCAUGUUGACAUAGAUAGGGGAUGGCAAAAUGUUUAACGUUCGGUCCUGUUACACUACAAAAAGUGUCUAAACAUUUAUGAAAUCUGGCGCUGUAUCCAAAUCAUGUUAAACAUUCUGUACUCUUUCUUGCCUGAGUGCAUGUUGGAAGCAUGAUUCAGACUAUAAUGAUGGUGGAUAACUGGGCUUUCUGGCAUAACAUGGGAGGACCAGAUAUUUUGGUAAUGUCGAAUGGGGCCUUACAUCAAGUAAUAUCUUCUGUCAAUUGAAGCAGUAUUAACCCUUAAAGCCCUGCUCCAGAGGGAUCUAACUGACCCCUUACAGGUGCCUAAUCAUAAUCUUUCACCACCAAUUAGUUAUUCUGUGCUUAUCACUGCAGUUUGUCAGUCCAGGCUCCUUUUUAACUGUCUGUCCUUUCUGCAGCAUGUUGUGUGACAGGAAGAAAGAUUGAAUAGGGAGGUAGCAUAAAUUGCUGCUUACCCAGAAUUAUGUGGGUAAUCCUGAAGAAUUUAACAAAAGUGACAGGUGCCAGUCUCCCGAACAUAAAUAAUGAAAAUAGUGAUUGGAGUAGGAGAACUGGAAUUGGAGUCUCCUACCUCUCUGCCCUAACCACUAGACUACUGAGUCAUUCCCU